AUGAGUUCCGCCCUGGACAUGAACGCGGUGAGGGGAAGCUUCCCCGCAUUGGCCGGAGAGCAGGUCUACUUCGACAAUGCCGGUGGAAGCCAAACUCUGGGGGCGGUUGCUGAACGCAUUCGGGACUACCUCCUCAACACCAAUGUUCAGCUCGGAGCGAGCUAUGACACAGGCAAAAAGGCCACGGAACGCUAUGAGGCCGGUUAUAGGGCCGCAGCAGAGUUUAUCGGAGCCUCGAGAGAGGAAGUCGUGCUCGGCCCAUCCACGACCCAGCACUUUCGCAACGUCUCAUAUGCCUUGAGCUUCCGGGAAGGCGAUGAGGUCAUCAUCUCGGCCAUCGACCACGAGGCCAACAUUGCUCCGUGGCUGGACCUAGCCGAGCGCCAGAAGCUGGUGGUCAAGUGGUGGAAGCCCAGUUCGACCGCCACCCCUGACGCCAAAACCAACCCGAAACUGCUCGCCUCGGACCUGCCCGCCCUCCUCACCCACAGGACUCGGCUCGUCACCUGCACCCACGCGAGCAACAUCCUCGGCACCAUCCACGACAUCAAGGCCAUCGCCUCCACCGUCCACCAGCUCAGUCCCGAGGCCCUGGUAUGCGUCGACGCCGUCGCAUACGCCCCGCACCGCAAGAUCGACGUCAAGGACCUCGGCGUGGACCUGUACUCCUUUUCCUGGUACAAGGUCUACGGCCCACACCUCUCCAUCCUAUAUACCAGCCGGCGGGCCCUCUCGGCCCUCCGCUCGCUCGGCCACUUCUUCAACCCGCACGCCGCCGCCGAGAACCGGCUGGGCCUCGCCGCGGCUAGCUACGAGCUUGUCCACGCCCUGCCCGCCGUCACCGCCUACUUCUCCUCCCCCUCUUCCUCCUCCUCCUCCUCCUCCUCCUCCUCCUCCUACGGUGGUAUCAACAACAGCAACGACGGCAGCAACGACGGCACCGACAAGUGGGCCGCCGUGGCCGCCCACGAGGAGGCCCUGCAGGCGACGCUGCUGGGCUGGCUCGGCGCCCGCGCCGACGUGACCGUGUACGGGGAGCGGUCGGCCGACGCGGCCGCGCGCGUGCCGACCGUCAGCUUCACCGUCCGCGGCCGCGGGUCCAGGGCGGUCGUCGAGGCCGUCGAGGCCGCCAGCGGCGGCCGCAUCGGCAUCCGCUGGGGCGCCUUCUACUCGGACCGGCUGGUCAGGGAGGUCCUGGGCCUCGCCGGGGAGGAAGGCAGGGAAGGGGUGGUGAGGGUCAGCAUGGUGCAUUACAACACGAGUGAGUCGAUGCUCUGUUUUGUUUUUCUUCUUCUUCUUCCCCCUUUUUUUCCUUUGUCUGUGCCGGGACAACAAUGCGAGUGA